CCGCCCUCCCGCCAGCAUGGCCGCCGCCGCCGCUGCCGCCUCGCUGCCCGUGAAGAUUGGAAUUAUUGGUGGAACUGGCCUGGAUGAUCCRGAUAUCUUAGAAGGAAGAACAGAAAAAUAUGUUGACACUCCUUAUGGCAAGCCAUCAGAUGCUUUGAUUUUGGGAAAGAUCAAAAAUGUGGACUGUGUCCUCUUAGCAAGACAUGGAAGGCAUCAUACAAUUAUGCCAUCAAACGUCAAUUACCGUGCCAAUAUCUGGGCAUUGAAAGAAGAAAAUUGUUCUCAUGUUUUAGUGACUACUGCCUGUGGUUCGCUACGAGAGGAAAUACAACCUGGUGAUCUUGUCAUAAUUGACCAGUUCAUUGACAGGACAACUAAAAGGCAUUGUACUUUAUAUGAUGGACAGCAUUCYGGUCUCUCAGGAGUAUGUCAUAUUCCAAUGGCUGAACCAUUCUGCACCAAAACCAGAGAGGUUCUUAUUGAGACGGCCAAGAAGCUGGGGCUCCAGUGUCAUUCCAARGGGACAAUGAUCACCAUCGAAGGCCCACGUUUCAGCUCUCGAGCAGAAAGCUGUAUGUUUCGCAGCUGGGGAGCUGAUGUUAUCAACAUGACUACAGUGCCUGAAGUGAUUCUUGCGAAGGAGGCUGGAAUGAGUUAUGCUAGUAUUGCCAUGGCAACAGAUUAUGACUGCUGGAAGGAACAUGAAGAAGCAGUUUCAGUGGAUAAAGUUUUAAAGACACUGAAGGGGAAUGCAAAUAAGGCUACAAGCAUACUCCUUACUGCCAUACCUCAGAUAGGCUCCAUGGAAUGGACCAACACCCUGCACACUCUGAAAACAACAGUGCAGUGUUCAGUCAUCCUGCCAAAGCAGUAACAACCUGGAUGGACCUUGAAGUUUGAAUGCUUUCAAGCAACCGUGGAUCACUUUUGAACUCCUAGAGGUUGUAUCUUCAAAAAUUAUUAAAGCUUAAAAGAAUGGACUCAACAUUGAUCAAUGAUUCUUUGUAAGGCAGCUGUUAAAAUCUUUGUUGGCUUGAUCAUGUAUAAGAUAGUUAAAAUUAGAUUUGAGUAUGUUUUUAACUAAAUAUCUCUACUGACAAACUGUAUCAGACAGUGGUCAGACAAAAGAAGUCAGUAUCCUCUAUUCAGUGGUACCUUUUAAUUGAUGGUAGAAAGGAAAGUCUAAGUAAUAUUGUUGUUGCAGUUUCAUAAAAUAAGGUCUAAGAAAGCAGAUUCACAGGCUAUUUGUGUUGCUGUUUCUACCUCCCAGCUUUUCCUUCAACAAGGCACAUGGUUACAAUUCACUCCAGAAACAUAACAGAAAAACUGAACAAACAAUUUGAAAUUAAAAUUGUACUAUUUUUAUACAUUAUCCAUAUUUUUUAUUCCAGUGAUUUUUUUAAAGCAGUGUUUUUGUUUUGUGUGCUGGAAGAUGUGAUUUAAUAAUUGUGGUGGUUCUGUCACAGCAGCAGUUGUGUAAUGUGUUAAUGUUGAAGAGGCUGAGGUAAUGCCUAAACCAAAUUAGUGCCUGAAGAUGUGCUUACGUCACUUACAGAACUGUACAGAAAAAGUGCUUUGCUGCCAGUGUCCCAAACACUCUGCUGGCCAUUUUCCACUUCAUUGAACAAUUCCAGUUUUGGUUCCUGUAUUAAGUGAUGAAUGUGCUCAAGUGGUUUGAAUGUAUGCAUUUCAAUUUUUUUAAUACAGUUUUAUUUUAAUAAAAUAACCUGCUGCUUCUUGUCUAGUAAAUAAAACAAAUUAAACAUA